UCUAAAACAUCAAAUACUCCACUGAAUAUUCACAUCGUGAAUAAUCUUACUGCUCUGUAGAACAUACUUUGCCACAUCCUCUAUGGUCCAAAUGGCACAGAUACGUAAAAACGUGAUCCUACGGAACAUUGUGCUGCCUGCACUCUCCAGUGUGAUUUGAAUGAAGUACCCUAAAGUAAGGGCUCUCUCCAGUGUUCCCGUCCACAGGCCUGGACAAGAUGCCAAAGCAGGAAAAUGGCCAAAGGGAAGAUUCUCUCAUCCAGAAUGACCUCAGUGAAUCAUUUGAAGAAGAAGUUAGAGCCUUCCUUGGUGAUGAAGAGAAACUGCAUCUUUUUGAUGACCUCACCAAGGUGAACCCAGUGACAACCAGGACAGUUCUGAAAUGUCUUCAAGCAAGAUACAGAGUCAACCUGUUCUAUACAAAUGCUGGCUGCAGCCUGGUGGCUUUAAAUCCUUUCCAGCCUUUCUCCUGCCUCUACUCACCUGAGCUCAUGAGGGAGUACCACGUUGCACUUUGUCCUCAGGAUUUAAAGCCUCACAUCUUUGCAGUGGCUGAGCAAACCUACAGGAAUGUCCAAAAGCAGAUGGACCCUGUGAACCAGUCCAUCAUUGUGAGUGGAGAAAGUGGUGCUGGGAAGACCUGGACCUCUCGCUGCCUGAUGAAGUUCUAUGCCUCUGUUGCUGCCUCAGUUAUCUCCCCAAAAGGCAAUGAAACUGUGGAAAGGAUAGAGAAGAGAGUGCUGGAUUCCAACCCUGUCAUGGAGGCAUUUGGGAACGCCUGCACCCUGCGGAACAACAACAGCAGCAGGUUUGGGAAAUACAUCCAGCUCCAGCUAGACAGAUUCCAUCAUCUGACUGGUGCUUCCAUCCAGACUUUCCUUCUAGAGAAAACAAGAGUUGCCUAUCAGGCUCCCAAUGAAAGAAACUUCCAUAUUUUUUAUCAGAUCACAAAAGGUGCUACUGCAGAGGAGAGGCUGGAGUGGAACCUUCCAGAAGGGGCUGAGUACCGCUGGCUGCCAAAUUCUGAAAGAAACUUAGAGGAGGACUGCUUCGAGGUGACCAGAGAGGCAAUGUUCCACCUGGGCAUCGGCCGUGCCACGCAGAGCAACAUUUUCAAGGUGUUAUCAGGCCUUCUGCACCUCGGGAAUGUUCAGUUCUCCAAGCCAGUGGAUGAAUCUCAGCCUUGUGAACUGGAAGACAAAACCAAAGAGUUUGUGAAGGCCACGGGGGAUCUGCUCCAGAUUCCCACUGAGGAGCUCCUGGAGUCUUUAAGGAUUCGAACAAUCACUGCUGGAAAACAGCAGCAGGUGUUCAAGAAGCCGUGCUCCAGAGCUGAGUGUGAGACCAGGAGGGACUGCCUGGCCAAAAUCAUCUAUGCCAGGUUGUUUGAGUGGCUGGUUUUGGUCAUAAAUGAAAACAUCUACACAGAUCCCUCAGUGUGGACCAGUUUCAUAGGUUUGUUGGAUGUUUAUGGGUUUGAAGCCUUCCCUGAGAACAACUUGGAGCAGCUCUGCAUUAAUUAUGCCAAUGAGAAACUGCAGCAGCACUUUGUAGCUCACUACCUGAAGGCACAGCAGGAAGAAUAUGCAGCUGAAGGCCUGCAGUGGUCAUUCAUAAACUACCAGGAUAACCAGAACUGCCUUGACCUGAUAGAGGGAAAUCCUCUCAGCAUUUUUUCCUUGCUGAAUGAGGAGUGCCGUCUGAACAGAGCCUCCAACACUGACCUGUUCCAGACCAGGAUUGAGAAAGCCUUGUCCAGUAAUCAGUGUUUAAGUCGAGAUAAGUUCAGUAAGAAGCCCAACUUUAUCAUUUCACAUUAUGCUGGCAAAGUCUGCUAUCAGCUGGCAGCAAUGGUGGAGAAAAAUAAGGAUGCUGUUCCACCAGAGCUGGUGCACGUUUUGCAGAACUCAAAGGAUCCUUUGCUUCAAAAAUUAUUUCCUGUGACAGAAAAGAGCCAAAAUAACACCAAAACCCAGAAUAGAGCAGCUGUUGUUACAGUGGUGUCCAAGUUCAAGAGCUCCCUGGAACAUCUGAUGGAGAUUUUGAGCAGGACCACCCCCCAUUACAUCCGCUGCAUCAAGCCCAAUGCUGACUGCAAGACCAUGACUUUCAGGAGAGAAGAGGUUCUCAGCCAGCUCCAGGCCUGUGGAAUAGUGGAAGCCAUCACCAUCAGUGCAGCAGGUUUCCCAGUCAGGAUCCCUUUCCAAAGUUUCACUGAGCGCUACGAACUCCUGAGGAAAUCCUGGGGCUCCACUAAAAAAAGAGUGUGGGAUAAAAGCAGCUCUCAUCCUGCUGAGAAAAAAGGUGAGACUCCAGGGAUGGGUGAUGGCAGAGCACCACGUGCUGCUGUGCUGGAGAUCCUUCAGGAUGCUGUCAGGGGCCAAAGCCCUGCUCUGGCAGCAGGGGAUGGAGCAGGAAUCCCCUCAGUCUACUGUGGCAAAACCAAAGUGUUCCUGGCCAACUCCCUGCUGGAGCUCCUGGAAGCCAGGAGAGCAGAGGUGUUAAAUGAGAAGGCAUUUUGCAUCCAGUGCUGCUGGAGGAGAUUUAAAGAGAAGAAAACAGCAAAGGAGAAACGCUCUGCAACUCUCAUCCAAGCAGCUGUUCGUGCCUGGCUGGCCAAGAGUCGCUUCCAGAGGCUGUGCAGGGCUGCCCGUGUCAUCCAGCAGGGCUGGAGGAGGUGGAAGGCGCAAGCGGCGGCGCUGGCAGCAGCAGAGCUGGACGAGGGGGAAGGAGGAGAGGAGCUGCCAGCCCCUGGAGCUGCCCUGGCCAAGGCUGCCUGCUCUGUGGGCACAGCGUGGCCUCUGCAGGCACAAGUGCAGUUGUGGCCCCUGGGGCUGGUGCUGGCUGCUGCCCCUGGCAGUGCCACGGGGCCGCGGCGGGCGCUGGCGCUGCUGGGCUGCCUCGGGGGGCUGCAGGAGAGCCCCAGGGGCCACCAGGGCUGUGGCAUCGCCUCCAUCAGAGCCCUCCCACAGGUACCCCCUCCCUCCUGGCUGCAGCCUGGCAUGGCAUUUCCCACUGGCUGGCACUGCCUUCCCUCAGACACUGCACUUCCAUCCACCCUCGGGUCUGGGGGGGAGGGAACGUUUUUGUGUUUGCAUCAAAUUCUGUGUGCAGGGGCUGCCACAGCUGCUGCAGACUGUGCAGAGCUGAGCACUGAAACCUCCAGAGCCUGAGCUGACCUCAGCCCAGUUCACAGUGCUGCCAUUUCCUCCAGUGACCAUUUGUGGGGACUCCUCUGGAGGAGUUUCUCUGUCCUCGUCCCCCCGUGGUUCACACACCCCAGAGCUAAAUGUGAGUAACAGAAUCAGCUGCACCUCUGGCUGAACUCUCCCCUCCUGUCCCUGCAGGGCCCUGUCAAGUUCCACUGCAGGAGGUCCCCCCUGCACUUUGCCAACGUCAGCCCCCACUCGGAGGCGUUUCCCAUCACGGGAUUCAACCAGAUCCUGCUGGACAGACAGGAGCUGCUGCCCACAUAGCUCUGCCCUGGCCUUGGCCUCCAGGGGGGCUCUCUGCAAGCUGCUGCUUCCAAAUCACUCACAGUCCUCCUCUGCUGCUACCUCAGAGCUUCCACAGCGCUGCCUUGUACGUCCAACGUGAGGGAAUGGGACACCCUUAUAAUGCACAUUAUAAUAACAUUAAAUUCAAUUUACUGGGGGUGGGGGCAGCUCCUGCUCCCCCCCACGUUACAGGAAACAUCAACACUAUGGGAACAAAUCAAUUCCAACAGAUCAGAUGCUUGAAGCAAUGAAUACUUGAACUGAAAGCUGCUGGCACUGCAAAUAAUGCCAAUAAAUAUUCCUGAUUCCUGCAGCCCUCCUGACUGCCCACGAGUGGCCCUGGGGGCUGAGGAGCAGCCAGCUGCAGCACAGGGGCAGAUGUCUCAGGGAAAAGCAAGGCUGGGCUCUUGCUUUUGUCUACAGAACCCAAAUCUGUGGGCUCUCACAGCUGCCAGGUGUGUGCAGAGCUCCCCAGACAGCUCCACCCUGCCCAGGAGUGCUCUGAACCCUCCCUUGGCUGCUCGUGGCCCUGAAAAUGUUCAGCUGCUCUGUGUAUGUCAUUUAAAAUAAACUGCUCAAUGCCUUGUCAAGGUGUCUGACCCUUCCCAACAACCUUGAGUGAACAAAAACAUUUCAGGGUCCUCGUGGCUUAAAAUAAAUGCGAAUAUAUUUAAUAUUGUCACUGUGAAGUAA